UUCAUGCUUUUGCUUUCAAUUUUUAAAAUUGACGGGACUUCAAAUAAAUUAAAAAGCUGCGAUACAACCAAGCAUACAAAGAUUUUGGGCAGCUGUUGUAAUGUACCCAGAAACGAUCAAUACAGCCGAGCAUGUCGCCAAUCUCUGCUGAGUAAGACCGAUCGUAUCGUAAAUAAUACCGAGGCGCGAAAUUUAAGACAGGAUAAAGUGGCCUUGCAUGCAUGUAUGGCAGAGUGCGUUUUUAAAAAGAAUGGCUUCCUCUACUCCAACGGUACUGUUAACCUCUCUGUUAUGCAAAGGAGCCUCGAGCAGCGCUACAAAAAGGAUGCUGCUUUAGCGAAACUCGUUACCAAGAGCUUGAUUAGCUGCGCUGAUUACGCUAUGACCCGCACAAAGCAAUUCGAGUGGCUGCACGCGAAGGACAAUUGUGAUUAUUAUCCAGCUACUUUGUUGGCCUGCAUAAUGGAACAAGUGUACCAAAAUUGCCCGGCUUCUUUGUGGAAAAAUACGGAGGACUGUGCAGCUAUGAAGAAGUUUCUGAUUGCCUGCGAUGACGUAAAAAAAAACAGAAAGUGAAAUGUGUACAUGCGUAU